AACACUUCUUCCCCUCUCUUUCGCGAGGCAUGAGCAAAAAUAAAACCCGUUUAGUUGGGCCGGGCCGGGCCGAGCCAGUCCACUAUAAAAGGGCCUGGCCAUACAAAAUCGCGCACCUAUUUCCCUUUUCCUUCCCAUUGUGAAUAUUGGAACGGAAACGAUGCCAGAGAUCAUCAACGGUGCAAUUCGGCGAGCCGUUGUAAUCGGAAACGGCUUCGCCGGCGCCGAGAAUCAGAGCGUUGGUUUGGUUCGUGCUCUUGGUCUCUCCAACCGCCACUCCUUAUACCGCGUGAUGAGGCCACGAGGAGGAAUCAAUAGGUGGCUUCAAUGGCUUCCGCUUUCUAUUCAUAGAAAGUUAGACUCCAUUAUUAGAAUGAUCUGUGGCAAGUCUCGCUUUCGAACACCUCACAAGAUCGGUAUAUCUACCGUGUUGGAAGCUGAUGCUCACCACAUUGCGACGAUGGCUCGUGAAACGUUUCACAGGGACGGUCCCUUGCUGGUGGUUGCAUCUGGACGAGACACUAUUUCUGUUGCCACCUCCAUUAAACGGUUAGCUCCAGAAAAUGUUUUUCUUGUUCAGAUACAACAUCCAAGAUUUCACCUCAAUAGGUUUGAUCUUGUGAUUACGCCGCGCCAUGAUUAUUAUCCGCAGACUCCUCAUGCCCAGCGGCAAAUACCUUGGUUUCUUCGAAGGUGGGUAACUCCAUGGGAACCUCCUGGCCGCAAUGUGGUUCUCACUGUGGGAGCGCUUCAUCAAGCUGAUUCCAGUGCUCUUAGGGUUGCUGCUUCUGCUUGGCAUGAUCAGUUAGCAACUUUGCCAAAGCCCUUGCUUGUGGUUAAUGUUGGGGGACCUACAGGCAAUUGUCUCUAUGGUGUGGAUCUUGCGAAGAAGUUAGUGGUUAUGCUUCAGAAUGUUCUAUGGAGCUGUGGGUCUAUCAGAAUAUCUUUCUCCAGAAGAACUCCUGAGAAGAUCUCCAAAAUUUUGGUCAAAGAAUUUUCCACAAAUCCCAAGGUCCAAAUAUGGAAUGGUGAAGGUCCAAAUCCACAUAUGGGACAUCUUGCAUGGGCUGAUGCCUUUGUCAUCACAGCUGAUUCAGUUAGUAUGUUGAGUGAGGCCUGCAGCACUGGGAAGCCUGUGUAUGUAAUUGGAGCAGAGCUGUGUACAUGGAAGUUUGCUGACUUCCAAAAUUUCUUGCAGAAACAAGGGGUUGCUCGACCAUUUACAGGGAAGGAGAAUAUAACCGAAAGCUGGAGUUAUCCUCCACUUAAUGAUACUGCAGAAGCUGCCAGCCAAGUGGUUGCUGCUCUUACUCAGCGAGGAUGGACUAUCUGUGCAUAAUGGUUUCCCUUUGCCUCCCAAGAUUCCUUUGGAACUCUUGGAAAUCAUAAAUGAUGCAUGAUUGAAUAGGAAAUAUUGUACAAGAGCCACUGGAUUGUGCUCAACUUCAGUGUGCUUGCUAGCUGUGGUAGUUUCCUUCUUCAAAAAGUCCCUAGUUUCUAAAGAGGUUGUUUUUAUAGGUGUUGUGGACAGAGCGGUUUCCCCAAUUUUGGCUUGUUAAAGAAUUUUGCUGUUUACUCCUCCCAAAUAAUAUUUGGAUCUCACCUGUUCCAACUUACUAUGGUUGUCAGCUUUAGAAUAAUAUAGGCUGCAUAGCACUUGGGCAUGC